UUCAUUAAUUUAGAUAAAAAUGGGUUCUCAUUCUCAUGUCCUCUCCUACUCUUCACGAUCCAUAAUUCAAUUCUAAUCUACGCAAAAAAAAAUACGUAUAAUUUUGAUAUAUAUGUAGGAAAAUAAUACAGAGAUUGGUAUACGUACUCCGGUGGCAGUCCUCUCCGGCAGGGGUCAUGUAUUUAGAUGGUGGAAGCAAAUUAGGCGGCCAAUUGCUGGAGGAGUUUGGCGGCGGCUACUACCACCUGAACCCUAAGCAUAACCAAUAUUCCCUCUGCAACAACCUCCUCAAAGCUGUGCUAUUGUUCGCCAUGAUUACUCUCACAGGGCUUGUGCUUUUCAGAGCGCCUGAGAGUCCUUUCCAGCUUUCGAGGUCCAUCUACUCUUCUUUGGCCUUUUCUUCUUCUCCUGUGUAUAAUUCCAGAUCAUGCGCUGCUGAUUCUGUAAGUAAAAUUAGUGAGGAGCUGUGGUUGAAGCAAGUGCUGGAAAGAUCAGCAAUGCCAAACAAAACAGUGAUCAUAACAACCCUGAAUGAAGCCUGGAUUGAACAAGAUUCUAUCUUUGAUCUCUUUCUAGAGAGCUUUACAAUUGGGAAAGAAACAUAUCCUCUUCUCAGGCAUUUGGUGGUUAUUGCUCUGGACCCGAAGGCUUUCUAUCGGUGUUCUGCGUUACAACUCAACUGCUAUUUUCUCGGAACUGAAGGCAUUAACUUCUCCAACGAGGCUCAUUUCAUGACCCCGGACUACUUGAAGAUGAUGUGGAGGAGGAUAGAUUUCCUACGCAAUGUUCUUGAGCUGGGAUACAAUUUUGUAUUCACGGAUGCAGAUAUAAUGUGGUUCAGAAACCCUUUCCUACAUUUCUACACAGACGAUACCGACUUUCAAAUUGCAUGUGACCACUUUGGAGGAAACCCUGAUGACUUGAACAAUGCACCUAAUGGAGGUUUUAAAUAUGUUAAAUCCAACAGCCGGACGAUUGAGUUCUACAAGCUCUGGUAUAAAUCAAGAGAAGUGUUUCCAGGAAAACAUGAUCAAGAUGUGCUGAACAAUAUCAAGCAUAAUCCCUAUCUCAAACGGAUUGGAUUGAAGAUCAAGUUUUUGGACACAGCUUUUUUUGGAGGGUUCUGUCAGCCUAGCAAGGACUUGAAUUUGGUGACCACAAUGCAUGCAAAUUGCUGUGCUGGUUUGGACAACAAGAUCAAUGACCUCACAAUCUUGCUCGAUGAUUGGCAAGAAUAUCUAGCUUUGCCAGAUCAUAUCAGGGAAGACAAGCCACCUUCAUGGUCUGUCCCACAAAAAUGCGGCCCUGCUUCAUUUGGUUCGCAUACCCCAAGAAGGAAGAACAUUGGUGGUAAGAGAUAAGAUGGGAGUCCUGGGACUCGCGAUUUUGGGGUUUAAUUUUAGAUUUAGAUUGAUGGAGAUUGCGUUUGGCUGGUAACAAAAGCAAGUUCCAUUUCUUGCAGACAAUUUUUUUUUUGGUUUUUAAUUUCUUCUUGAAUUAGUAUGAGUUCAAGAGUACUUAUUUUACUUAGGAAUUUUGUCCUUUUAGUGCCUCCUUUGAGUUUGUAAAAUCCAAGCUUACCUGUAUAUAUAGAUAGUUAUCGUAUUGUA